AUGGUCAUCCCUCCUGAGCUGCCUGCGAUUCUGAAGCAGUUUACUAAGGAUGCCAUCAGAACCCAGCCAGAAGAUCUGCUUGAAUGGUCCACAGUUUACUUCAGUGCCUUGGUCCAAGGACGGCCUCUCCCGGUGAGAAAAAUGCCUAUGAGAGUCUACACCACGGACCUUACACCUGAGGCCCUAACAGCCAUGCACUCACAGCUGAGUAAGAAAAGCACAGUAAGUAAGCAGGAGGUGCGCUCUGCAUGGAAGAGACUUGGCCUGUCAGACAACCUCCUCAAACACAUCUACAAAGUUGGCUGCUUUGGAGCAGAGCUUGACUGGAUCAAGUUCUUUGCCCUGUGCUGCAGCUACCUAGGAGGGACCAUCAAGGUCGCCAUGGCUCAUGCUUGCUACAUCAUGAACUGUGACCCCACCUGUAAGCCUCCUGAUGCCUGUGUGCCGUUCGAGACCUUUCGUUAUCUGUACACAUACCUGGCUGCGGUGGAUGGGGACGUGCCUCAGUGGCAAAUGGACAGGGCACUCACUUACCUUGAAACGCAAGCGAAGGUGUGCAACGGAGUGGUGAGGGUGUCUGAUUUCAUCAACAGCCGCAAAGUGCGCCUGGAAUGACUUCUCUAAUGGCAUAACGGGAGGAAAGGCCUUCACUAAAACCUCAUCAGUCCCUCUCCCCAAGGACUCCGUCAGCCAAUA